CCUUUCAAUGGCUGGUCUUGACUGGUGCGCAGUAUGAGCGCCUCCCAAGGUCGCGUGAGCGGCGGCGGAGGGGAUGACACCAAUGCUCGGGUGCCAUCAGGUCAGCAUUGGCAGUCGCAUGUGGCAAGCAACGGAAAAACUUAUUUUUUCAAUGUGAAAACUAAAGAGUCGCGAUGGGAGCCACCUCCAGGCUGGACCGCUACGGAUGGACGCGUGAAUGCAGUGUCUUCAACAGCGGAACGAGACCGACCACGACAUGAUCGAUCCAUGCCCGGCCAUCCUCGUUCUGAGCAUCGUGGUUCCACUCGCCCUGAACAUCAACACGCUGCGCCUCGCACCCACUUUCGGGAGUCUGGUCAUGCCCUGCCUCCGCGAGGUGGACCACCCCACCCAAGCGUGUCUACACACCCUCCACAGCAUUCGCAUCCGCAUCCGCAUCCGCAUCACCGUCCGGCACACGGCAUGCAUCCUGAGCGCCGACCAGAUUUUCAUCCUGAGCGAGACCACUUUCGCAACCGGACGGAGCCGCGCAUGCGGGCAGAUUGGUCUCAUGGCCCUAGCGGUGCCCCUGUAGGCCAUCGUGGCCCACCACCACCCUCUUCUGAUUAUCGCUCUCGACGCGCAUCAGAUCACAGGCCACAUCGCCCUGAGCAUCAUCUUCGUCCUGAGGCCCCACCGCCGCCCCGCGGCAACCCUGGCUCGCGACACGAUCAACACUCCUCGGCCCAUACCCGUGGCCCACCUGCACGAGCCUAUCCACCUCCACCAAGCGAAUCUGAUCCCCACCACCGAGAUGGUGCUAAGCGCACUCUUUCGUCUGAAAGCAACGCUAUUUUGCCGAGCAAGAGCAGCCGCUCCAGUUUGCGUGAGGACCCGCCCGCGGCACGAGCAUCACUUGGAGCACCGCCUCGAUCUGGUACUGACCUGUCAACUUCUACGACCUCAGAAGCCAUUUUGUCUGAAACACAACGCUCUCUUUGCGCGAGCAAACUCGCGUCAUUGCGAGCCUCAUUGCGACAGCAGAUUCUAGCCACUCGUCUCGAUGUUCUUGACUAUCGCGUUGUUGCCAUGGAAGACAUGGAGUUCUAAUCGCGCCUUCCUUUUCGUGUGGACCACUCCCAUGUUGUGUCCUCUUCGUCUUUGAGCGCUGUGCGCUCGUGUGUCAUGCACUGUUAUCUUAUCUUCUGUUCAUUCAUGUAGCGAGUGAGUCUCGCCCUCUUUUCUUUUUUUUUUUUUUUUUAAACAUCAAAUCAAUGUUAUGGCUGCAAAGCAGUUAAGCGUGGACAGCUUGUCUUUUUGCUGACCAAUAGGUUCUGAGAGCCUUCUUUUUUUUUUUCUCGUUUUGUGUUUGUAAAAUUGACACAUCAAACUUG